AUGUCAGCUCAUGCAGAAAAUGUAAUGGCUAUUGACUUUGGGAGCAGCAACACCACUGCAAUAUAUCAAAAAGACCAUGAAUUACAAAACGUGGUAGACAGUAACGGUUUUCCAUAUAUCUCUUCAAUGCUAUCACUCAAUGAUACAUAUACGAUUGGACACUUGUGUAAAACCGAGGAAGGCCUAAAAAAGAAAGGCAAUUUUAUUCUGAGAAGCCCAAAGUUAUAUUUAAGCAUUAACAGUCAAAGCCAGCUGGAAACAUUGAAUGAUUUGAAUCAAGGUAUACACAAGGAAUUUCGCGAUGGGACGGUUUAUUUGAAUGGGAUUCAACCACUGGAGAUAUGUAGGAGGUUUAUAUCGAGAGUCAAGGAAAUGGCAGAAUAUCAGAGUGGAAGGAAGUUUACUACUGUUGCAUAUUCCUAUCCAGCAGAUUAUAGUCAAACGUUGAUAUCCAAUAUUGAUACAAUGAUGAAGGAGUGUGGAUUUUCAAACACAAUCAAGAUAUCGGAGCCAGUAGCAGCAGUAAAUACCUAUAUAACUGAAAACAAUAUAAGAAGUGGAAAGGUCCUUGUGAUUGACAUAGGAGGAGGUACCUGUGACCUGAGUAUUGUGAAGUGCGAAGCUGAGAAUGCAUUUGUGACUUAUAAAUGCGGAGAUAAUGAAAUGGGUGGAGUGAACAUUGAUCUCUUGGUAUAUAAAUGGGUGAAGGAGCAAAUUGAGAAGAAAUUUCCCAAUCUCUAUAAAUCUAUCACGCCUGAUAUUGAACGGAAAAUAAUGAAAGAAUGCAUAGAUAUCAAAGAAAAGCUCUCACGGAUCAAGAGUAUCACUCUUUAUUUGUCUGUAUUCUUCGAGAAUGAGGAUGAUGAUGAUGAAGACCAAUAUUACCUGACAAUCUCUCGUGAAGAAUUCGAAACAAUCAUAAAACCAUUUGUCUCUAAAUUCAUAAAAUUUGUGGAAAGGGCAGUAAACGAAGGUGAAAAGAGUUCUGAAUCAUUAGAUAGGCUGUCGAAGAGAUUUACUCGCGUGGUUUUGGUUGGUGGCUCUUCUGUGAUUCCGUUACUCCAACAGAAGAUCAGAGAUUUAUUCCCAGACCAGUUCUCUCUUAAUACAGACCCUCGCAAUGCAGUGGUAAAAGGGAAUUUUCACUUCGCAUGCCAGAUGCUGGACCAGCUAUUGAGACAGCGAACCCCCUUAGAGAUUACCCGUGGAAGACCAGUUAGACAACUGCACAUUAAGAAUGAUACAAUACCAAUUGUUCUUCUGAAUAACGUAGUAAGAGAUGCUAUCAGUGAGACGAUUUCCCUAAUGUCACCCAAUGGAAAAUGUUUCCGUUUACUGGAAAAAAAUACAAAGUUCGAAGAGGUGCGCGAUUUCAUGAUUACCAUCAGUUCUGACCACCAAAAGGAAAUCCAACUCUUUUUCUGUGAAGGAUCGAAUCCCCUGUUCGUAAAUAAUAAGUAUUUGGGAUCAUUAAAGUAUGUUUUUGAAUCUGGCGAACGCUUGUUAUCCGAACCGCAGUUUCUUAUUAAAGUUUGGAUGAGCUUUAAUUCUGUCUUUACAGUUGUUCUGGAAGAUCUAAAGGAUGGAAUUCAGAAUUAUUACGAUAUGAUAUCGCUUGAUCAUACAAAACAAGAUUAUACUCAAUCCACCCCUUUGAACCCUAUGAUCAAUAAUAAUAAUAAUGAUAAUAGUAAUAAUAAUGAUAAUAGUAAUAAAGGUCCUUCAGUAGAUUCGAAUAGCAGUGAGCAAGUCCCUGAAAAUGGAGAUACAGAGCAGUAUUCUGAAGAACAGUAUUCGGCCUUGAUCAAAGAGAUUGAAACGAAGAUUCUUAGUAAUCUGAAUCAAUAUAUUGGAGUAUUAUCUGAACUGGCCUUUAUUAAACGAGAUCAUGACAAAUAUAAUCAGUCUUUGCAUACACUUAUUGUCAGGCUGAAAAACUUAAAAAACAGCAUCAUCUAG